CGUCAUUACGGUAACGUAGGCGGAAGUUUGCUGUGUGAAACAUGGCGCUGUUCGGCACCAAGCUGUGUAGCCAUUUGUCUUUGACCCGACUAUGUGGUCUCAGGACAAACACCAUAACAAAAAGCCUUUACUCUCCUCACGUGUCCUGCCAGUCCAGGUUGCCCCUGUGCAGACACUACUCAUCAUCCCAAGUGAGACGAGGUAUCGGUCGAUAUGUAGUCUCCAAGUUCCAGAGUGUAAAUGCAAAAUAUGAAGAUUUCCUCAAAAGGCGAUUUCCCCGCUUUUAUCAUCUUUAUCACACAUUUAAGGAAGGAGUCAAGCUAAUGUUGCAAGAUGGGAAAGAAGUGCAGAGGAUCAAAAUGAAAAUGUUUUCUGAUGGAAUGCAGUAUAAGGAUUUGCCAUACAGGGACAUGGAGAAGCUCAGACAGUUUCGCAGGGACAUAAUGAAGGCUGUUCCGCUGAUGAUGAUAUCGAUCCCUCCCUUUGCCAACUACCUGGUUUUUGUCUUGAUGUACUUUUUCCCCCGCCAGCUCCUGAUCCCUCAUUUCUGGACUCCGAAGCAACAGGUAGAGUUCCGCGGGUUGUACCACUCCUACCGCGUCCGGCACCACUGGCCAGUGCUGAAAGGGCUCGAGAAAACGAGCCAGCGGGUCAAAGACGGCCAGCUCCAGAGUCACCUGAAGAACCUGUGCGCUAAAGUGCAAAGUGGCGCAAAUCCUAAAGUGUCUGAAAUCCUCGCAGUCCGCAGCCUGUUUUCCGGACCGCCUCUGGGUAUACGCAGGAUGAGUGUGGAUCAGAUGAGGCACGCCAGCCCGCUUCUCUUCCUGACUCCUCGCCUCCCGGGUUUCCUGAUUGGCCGGCGGCUGAACAGCCAUGCGCUGGAGCUUCUCCAGCUGGACCGGGCCCUCAGCAGGCUUGGCCCACACCAAUUGAGUGAAUCGGAACUCAGACAGGCUUGCUAUGUGAGGGGACUCCACUCAAAUGCUCUUGGCAUUAGUCAAUCCCGAGAGUGGUUAUCCCAAUGGCUUCAGGUGUCCUCUGCACUGAAAGACUCAGAGGUGUCGCUGCUUUUGCACUGCAUCGUGUUUCUCUCUGCCAACUACCCGACCGCAGCCAGCCGACACUGACAGGAAGCAAGCAGCAAUCUGCUCUUGUGAUUAGCUUCUGCCAUGUGCACCGGCAGCACUACUUCGCUCUUUUUUUCCACGGAAGAAACGUUCUUUUCUUGUUCUUGACAAAAUUAGGAGGUUUAUGAAGAAAAACAGCCCAAAACUUGAUAGUACCAAAAGGCUUAAAACUGUCCCGUUUGCCAAAUACAUUCCCAAUUAACAGGAUUUAUAUGGGAAAAAUAGGAUGAAUCUUCUUUGUCUUUAACAGGGCAGGGGUAUGGAAUUUUACUUAGAAUUUGCACAAUGAGGCCGGUGCAUUUAGACUCAGACAAGCUGUUGAGUUCUCAUUUAAUUCAGACCCUCAAGGGGGACUGAAAUUGAUUUUGAGUCGUUGAAACUAUAUUAAGUGACGUUGUUGAGGUGAAAAAUGAUUACCUGUUACUUUAUCUCAAGCUACACACAACUAUAAAGCUCAGGUUCGUCAUUUGUUUACUACUAAGCACAUCAUUACUCACCUACAGAGACAAAGAGGAUAUUGUUUAAUAAGUUUAUCAGCGCUUUGUGUGCUGUAAAUAUUUGACUUGUGGAACUUAAAAAAUGUUCAGUCAUUCCUCAUUAAAACACCGUAAAAAGAACGCUUGUAAGUGGGCGUGUUAGAAUGUCUUCACACAUACACAUCAAACACGUACUCUAGCGUCUUAUACAUUUACCUCACUUUGUGCUUCGCUGUUAGUUUACAUUUAAUAAUUCUGCUUCUAGUGGAAUUUUCUUGCUGCAGUUUCUACGGAAGAUUUUUUUUCAGGACUGGUCGACCUGAAGUCAGUAAUUACCCAAAAGCACCUUCUAAAAGAUGAAUACUUUAGAGAUUGAAAAAAGCCCCAAUCAAUGUUUGCAAUUGCAAAGACAUUCAAGCUUGUGUUGUAUUUCAUUUUACUUUUUGCUGUGCAGCACAUCCUUCAAAAAGCUAUUGCAAAAUAAUCGUGAUGGCACUUUAAUUUAUUGUUUGUAGUUAAGCUAAAACACUAACUUAUUCUGGUCAGACCUAUUUAACGUGUUUUGCUAAAUGGAACUGCAUGUCAUUAGUGCUGAUGUUUGGUGUGUUAAAAGUGUAAAAUAGGAAAUGUCAUGCACUUCCUACGCCUGUCACAAGGUCUGGCACAAUACAUCUGCAAUAUGACUAGUUAUUUUCUGUUAAACAUUUAGAAAAAAAGAUGAUUAUUCCUACGGGAGCUACCGCAUAUAUAUUUUUUAAGUCUUGCAUUGUAAUUUACUUUUUCUCCGGAGCUAUUAUAUACACAUAUUACUUCAACAGGUUUUGAAUGUUGUGUUGCUGUGCCAAUAUUAUAUAUAUUGUAAUGGAACCCUGUCGAAAAUAAAUACCCUUUUUAAAAGGUUA